GCGAACUGCUUGUUCAUGGAGAUGUUAAUCAGUAGAGAUUGCCCAUGUCAAGUUCAUCUUACUAUUAACGAACAGAGUGACUAUUGCCUCCAUCCCGCUAGUCAUGCACGGAUGCUUCUUGGAAAGGAAUUCUUGAGGUUUGACACCACGAAUCGCACAACUCUGAGCGGGUUCCAUCUAGUUGUGCAUUUCAUUUGGUAACAUAACACUUACCUAGUAAGUCUGAGGAUUCACCACAAAUGACAUGAUAUGAUCCAUGCUACCAUUGGCGACGACACUUGCAGGGGCAAAUGCUUUUACACCAACUGAAAUGAGCCGAAAGCCCCACUUUCUUAUAAAGUCGUCGGUCAAUCACACGGCAUCCUCAAUCGUUGGAUUUGGUAACAUAACACUUACCUAGUAAGUCUGAGAAUUCACCACAAAUGACAUGAUAUGAUCUAUGCUACCAUUGGCGACGACACUUGCAGGGGCGAAUGCUUUUACACCAACUGAAAUGAGCCGGAAGCCCCACUUUCUUAUAAAGUCGUCGGUCAAUCACACGGCAUCCUCAAUCGUUGGAUUUGUGCCUCAAAUUAACAAGGCAACCUAUCAUAAUGUUAUAGGAUGUCACAUUAGUUAAGCAAAAAUAACCAAUGUUUUUUUCAUUUUGUCACAUGGGACCGUCUAAUGAGAAAUAUUGGGUUGAAUUGGUACCGUGUUCACUUUUUAACUUAAUAAUGUUAAUUUACAUAU